GGUCAUAUGAUGAGGAACGCGGAAAUGAAAAUAUUGGGAUUGAAUAGGUUGUUAAUAUCCUCGAAGAUCUAGGCCUAAAUACAGUUAAAUCUAUUGUCAACGUUUUUUGUCAAAUAUAUUCGUUGUAGGCCUUAGUUCUGCAAUUGGUACUGAUCCAAAGACAGCUCGAGUCGAAUUAUAAACACCGAAAAUGGGAAUGACAUCGCAAUGGGAAUGGGCUAUGUGGGCCAACGAACACGCCUUUGUCAGUGGAAUCAUUCUAGUGAUGGGAGGAAUCGUUGGUUCAUUCGACUUUUCUGGAAAGGAGUUUGCCUACUACAGCAUAGUUGCUGGUGUAUUAGUCACCUUUUUAGAAUAUCCGAGAGGUACAAGGAUGAAUGGAAAGGUUGUCCCAAGAAGAUUUCAAUCCAAAAUCUCACCAAUUGUUGAUGCAUUAGGACCAAUCAGCAGAAGUUAUUUCAUUCGAUUUGUACUGUAUUUACUAAUGUCAGUUCCAACAGUGUUUUGUUUACCAACGAUCAUGAGUGGGGUUUCGCUGUUCUUUGCGGCUAUUAUGUAUUUCGUGGCAGCUCUCGGAGGUGAAGAAUGGAGGCCGGAGAGCGUGAGCAGUCUUGCGAGGCAGAAGACGCUAACCCAGCAUGCCCCGAUGAACCCACCCCCUCGUCCACCCCAGGCUAAGGGGGAGAGAGCUGCAGCAGUCAACAUCGAAGGAAAUAACAUCUGAAAGUAGGAAAUAUAGAAUCCCACAAGCAAAUCAUAACAAUGUGAAUGCUGGCAUAGUGCUAUUUUAAAAGUGUAGAAUUAGUACAUGCAAUUCUAUAAAAAUAAUUUUUGUGAGUCUUUGAGACUUUUUUCUUGUAUUACGAAAUGGGGGAAGAGGAUAAUAAUAAAGAAAUCUUGUUUAUUGUUUUUAAUAUGAUGUCAAUAGACGUAUUGUAUAUCAAUUUUUUGUAAUAAUCAUUUUAUGUUAUGUGUAUACGAAAAAAAAA